AUGCCAGAAUCCACCACCGCACCCACUGCCGUCGACAUUGAGGCACUCUCCAAAAAGAAACCAGAAGAAACCACCUUUGCUGAAUUGGGCGUCAAUGCACAACUGUGUGAAGCAUGUGAAAAGCUCAAUUUCAAACACCCCACCGAGAUCCAAAAGGAAUCGAUUCCAUGGGCACUCGAAGGCCGUGAUAUCAUUGGAUUGGCACAAACGGGUUCCGGUAAAACAGCAGCCUUUGCACUUCCUAUCAUUCAAAAGCUUUGGGAGAACCCACAACCACUUUUCGCCUGUGUCUUGGCUCCUACCAGAGAAUUGGCAUAUCAGAUUUCGGAAACAUUUGAAGCAUUGGGUUCUGUCAUUGGUGUACGAUGUGCUGUUAUUGUGGGUGGUAUGGAUAUGAUGACUCAAUCGAUUGCACUCUCCAAACGACCCCACGUUAUUGUCGCCACACCUGGUCGUCUUCAAGAUCAUUUGGAAAACACAAAGGGAUUCAGCUUGCGUGCUUUGAAGUAUUUGAUCAUGGAUGAAGCCGAUCGUUUGCUCGACAUGGACUUUGGCCCAAAGAUUGAUCAAAUCCUGAAGGUGAUUCCUCGUGAACGCAACACAUUCCUUUUCUCCGCAACCAUGACAACCAAGGUGGCCAAGUUACAACGUGCUAGUUUAAGUAAACCCGUCAAGGUUGAAGUGGCUACCAAGUAUUCUACCGUCAAGACAUUGUUACAAUAUUAUCUAUUCUUUCCUCUCAAGCACAAGGAUUGCUAUCUCGUUUAUCUGCUCAAUGAACUUGCCGGCAACUCGACCAUCAUUUUCACUCGCACCUGUAACGACACUCAAAAGAUUGCCGUCAUGCUCCGAUCUCUUGGCUUUGCCGCUAUCCCUUUGCAUGGUCAAAUGUUACAAUCAAAGCGUCUUGGUGCUCUCAACAAAUUCAAAGCUGGAUCUCGAAACAUUUUGGUAGCAACGGAUGUAGCAAGCAGAGGUCUUGAUAUUCCCAUGGUUGAUAUUGUUGUCAAUUACGAUGUGCCGCUCUCCUCCAAAGAUUACAUUCAUCGUGUGGGUCGUACAGCUCGUGCCGGUCGAUCGGGCAAAUCCAUGACAUUUGUGACACAAUAUGAUGUGGAAUUGAUUCAACGUAUUGAAAAGGAUCUGGGUCGCAAGUUGGAUGAAUACCCUGUGCAAAAGGACGAUGUGAUGUUACUUUCAGAGCGAGUAUCAGAUGCCCAGCGUUUAGCUGUAUUGGAACUCAAGGAACGUGGUGGCAGUGGUAAAGGCAAACGAGGACGCAAGAACGAUGACGAUGAAGAAGAUGGGGAUAGAGAGGAGCAAGUAGGUGGUCCUCAGACCAAGAAGAAUAAGCGACAUGUUCAAAAGAAAAGGAAAUAA